CUUAACGAAGCACAGCUCAACCAGCUGAUGAUGAACCGGAAUUCGGUGCCGGACGAAAACGCCAAAAAGCAGCUCCCGGAUUGCGCUGAAACGGAUGACGGUCUGGUCCUGACGCCAUUGGGCCGUUACCAGAUCAUCAACGGACUGCGCAGUUUCGAGGUGGACUAUUAUCAUGGCGACCCGGAGCUCCAGCCAAUCCGGAGUUACGAAAAUGCCGCGCUCGUGAGGACGCUCUUCCGGAUCUCUAUGUCCUUCAAUGAACGCUUCGCAGGCAACUUGGAGGCCCUUUGCGCGCGGCGUGACUUCCUGGGCGCCUUUUCCCGUUACCACCUGACCGAUGCUAAAAUGGCGUCCAAGGUCCGGCGCAGCCCGCUGUCCAGGCGACAGCCGGAUUGGGCCGGGCGUCCAAGGAUCAGCCUGCGCUUUUUGGCAAGUUACCGCCUCCUCCUCUUUUUCGCGAUCGGCAGCUUCAUUGCGUCGCGAUUCGGCAUCGGCUCCGCAGCGUUCGUGUUCUUCCUCGCCCUCGGAUACCUCUGCUAUGCCUGCGCCGUGGUUUUCGUGGCCGAAAGGAGGAGACCGCACCGACCAUGAAAACUGCGCAAAACAGCGGCCAUUUUGUUAUCUUUUUGGAACGUUUAUAUAUAAAAUGUUUUCUUUUUUUAAUAAAACAAUAAAAAUUUAUUGUUAUUAA